UACAUAAAAUUGUUUGAGGUGUUAUUUAUAUUAUUAUAUUCAAUCGAUUAAUAUUUAUAUAACGAAAAGUUUCUAUGUUUCACUGCGCUUUAUUAAAUGUUUACCAUAACUAUCGAGGCGUUACCAUUCUAUUUUUACCAACUGGCCGACUUCCAAAUUGCGUAACGUUGUUCGAGAAAAAAAAACACGCGAUAAACGUUUCACAGAAAACCGCAGAAAAAAUUUUAAAUGUUACUGAGAUGCCGGUAGACUCAUCUGUAUAAAUAUAAAAUAGCAUUUUGCACAUAAAAAGAUCCUCGCGGCAAAACACACUUAAUUAGUGAUUCGCAAAAUGCUGCCUGAAGUAUUUCCUUUAAAAAGCAGAGUGAAGGCUAAAAAGCACAGUACACGGGCAAAGUUUGCACUAUCAAGACCUUGCGGAAUUCAGAUAAGCUUUGACAGACGUCAUUCUGUCUGCCAGAAACGCGUGUAAUGUUUCUAAGAUAAAAUACUUGAAAUAUUACUGUUUUUGGCUUAAAAGAAGAGCAGGAUUUUCUUCAAAAGGGAAGUCUUACCAGCCAGACAGUCACAUUGUAAUUCAAAUUGUUGUAUUAUAAAUAUUUAUAGAAUAUUCACUCAAUAUUUAUGGACGCAACAUUAAUUCAAAACCCAACAGAAUCAAAUUAGACCCAGUUUCUCAAUUGAGGCAAAAUUCACUCAGAGAGGCGGAACAUCUGACGUCACGUACGUGCCCCUUUAUUUAGAGAGAUAAGAUUGCAAGAUAAGAAUCACCUUUGAAACAUCAAUCCGAAAUGCAAUCAUGGCGCAAAUUAAACGAAUCGGAAAGCAGACCAAACAUCACGCUAAGAAGAAUGGGACAGGAAUUGAACAAAGCAGAAACAAAAUGCUUUACGUUGAAGUCUGAAUUAAAUUAUAUGAUGGAUGUUUGUCGGAAGGCUCAAACGGAAAUAAGGGAAAGUAAAGAAACGUCCGACAUUUCGCCAAUAAUAUCAUCAUCUAAAAGUCCAGGCUUGAAAUCUCCAAUCAAGCAUAAUGGUUACAACAGCGAAAUUACAGACGCUUUCAAUUUGAGCCCGAAGUCUGCCCGAUUUUCUCCCAGAAAAAGCAUCGAUAACGAUGAUAUUAUCGGGAGGUCCGAGAGUCUAAUAGAAGAAAGACAGAGAGGACUGUUGAAUGUCACAAUUACACCGAGGACUCACUUAUACAAGACACUUUCUCAUUCGAUAACGACGAUGCCAACUCAGGAUGAAAUCACGGAAGCGGACAGAGAAUAUAAAAGUUAUUACUUCCCGACGAGUAUGUCCUUCGAGAAACUGACGUCGCAAGUGGACGAGGAUUAUCUCCGCGUAACGCCGUGCUCCGCGAGAAGAAGUGUCGAAGAUAUUGAAGGUAUUGAAGAUUCGGGGGGACUGAAUUUGGUCAAUUUGGACAUGUCGAAUACCGCAAAAACCAGACGAGUGGUGAACAGUAGGUCGAGAACGGGAAGAAGCGAAAUAAACUCCGUAUACAGGAUGGAUAAUUCGGUGUCCAAACCGCGGAAAAGAAAAGCGAAGUUACGAAGUUCUGUUUCCAAGAGCACGGUCACCACCAAAGACACGGGUUUUAUUGGUAGAAAAGAAGCGAAGAGACGUCGGCACAGAGGCCAUGGUGUUGCGCAUCAACAAUCCAAUCCCCCAAAGCAGCUGAAGAAGUCUAACGACGUUGUGGAAAUUUUUCAUAAUACUAGAUUAAAGAACAGCAAUUCCGGGGUGUUCAGUAAGCACUCUAAAGUCGAUGAAGCUAAGUAUAAAAAAAAAUCGCACCUUCCCAAGACCGUUGAUCGGAGGAACCAACUGAACCAAGAGGCAUCAAUGUCAAGUCCAAGAGACAGAUGUUCUAAACGUGUAAAUCACGAAUGUCAAUCCUACGAUAAGAAAAAUGAACCAGCUUGUCAUCCUCAGACAUUAAAUUGUCAAAACAACUCAGGAGCGACGCCCGAGGUUGCACAGGAACAAGACAAGUCGGAAAAGCAUCCUGACAAUGAUCCAUUGACACAAGAUGAAACGCGACAGUGCGAGCGCGCUUUCAACAGAUACGACGAUCCAAUGUUCAUGCCCAGCUAUGGGAUGCCGACUCUGGCGUCGAAAUUAAAACGCUCGAGCAGAUCGUACUUUAGCAGGUUUAACUUCCGAAACAUACCGUUCGUAGUGGGGACCUCGGUGACCCCGAGCCACAAUCUUGGAUUAAAUAUUCAACAAGUAUUGAGCGUGAUGAAGACGAGACAGCCGAUCGCGAGCGAUGUCACCCCGUCGUUGAUCCGCAAAGUCAGCAGAGGCAUGAGACCGAUGUCGAUCCUUCUGGACCAGAUGAACGGUCAUUACGAAGGAUCGAUUCUCAACGUGAGCUCGCAAAUAACUGGAACGUUUAACAGCGGGGAGAACCUGAAUCGAGAUAAAAGAUUGCCCGUGUUUAAUUUACAUGUGAGAAAGACGCCAAGCGGCUGUGUGCCGAAGGUGUCCACCAAUGCAGAAAUGAUUUCUGAAAAAGAGAAUAACGCUUCUAAACAGCUUCGUAAAGAGAAAGGUGAUUCGUGCGAUCGUAAGACUAGGCAGCAGUCUUCUUUCGCUGCAAGCAAAAGCAACACCUUGACGAGUCCUCAAAAUCAGCAAGAAAUUUCGAGGACGUUAAAGGGUAAUAUCGGCGAUCAUAAAAUACGUAUUUCUGAUUUGCACAAUUCUAAGGAGAUACGUGACGUUCUGAUCAAUCUUCACGAUCAAUUUGAAGAGAUGAACACAAAAUACGAGAGACUGCAAUUAGAGGUGGACAAGUCAAACGAUAAAUCUUUAGCGAAGGAAUUGUCCGCUUUGGAAAAGGAGCUCAACGCUAAGGAAGAAGAAAUCAAUGCCGUCGUCGGUCUCUACAAAGAAGUAAUGGCGCUGAAGCGGCAGAUGAAAAUGCUGCACGAGAAAAACAGUCUGGUUUGCAUCGCGACCGAGUCGGCCAAGGAAACGUGCGAGGAUUCCUUUCCCUUGUCGAUUAUACCCGGAAAGUCUCAUUCGAUGAAUCCGACGCAGAUCUUCGGUCGAAGAAAAAUUUACAAUGCGACGCGAGAACCGCCCGCUUCCAUACAGCUGGCUGCGUUGUUACGGCAGAUUCAGACGUUUCAUAAGCAGCUGCAGCUCGUGUCGUGACGUUGUAAAAUCGAGUCACCUUAAAAGAACAAAAAGAAAAUGGAAUAAAAUUGCAGUUAUUUUUACCAAAUCGUCUACACAUUUAUACAAUGAAAUUUCAGAAUUUCCGAAUCGCGGGAAAAGGCAGAAGCAUCAU